CACAUGACCACAUAUAACCAGCCACACCAUACAAUGUGAAUUUGAAGCCUCAAACCCCCCCUUCUUGCUGCUGCCUCUGUAUUCGCCCAAACUCUAAGAUCUUUCUGUUUCUACUCAAGAGGCUUCUAAAAGCUUUAUGUGGUUUAAUCUAAUAGACCUUGCAUUGGAGAUCAAGAUGGGAAACAAACCCGCAAAGGAAAAAGAUGAGGUACUGGUAAAGGUUGUGCCACCAUUGGACCGUGCAUACGUGCGUUGGCUUGCCAAAGAUUUGGAGAGGAUUCAUGGCCAUGUUCCCAUAAAACCCCGUGCUGUAAAACCACCAGAUCAUUACAUCGAAUAUAUGCAAAUGAAUGGAUGGUUAGAUCUGGACCUAAAUGAUCCUGCACUUGUGCAUCUAUUCAACUAACAAUGUGUCCAUUCUAGUAAAAGUUGUAUGUGAUAUUGUGGGUGUAAAUGCAUAAUCACUUGUCUCUUUA